CUCAGCUUCAACGUGUGACAAGUGACAACUCAUCACCAGCCACCAUUUUUCCUCGAACCAGACCGCCCUUACCUGUUGCUGCCCCGCCCUUGCUAAAUUCCGGCCCAAACACACAAUCAUCCACCACUCUAUCUGCCCCAGCAGAUUUCUCACCCUCCUCGUCCAGUACCCCCUCUGCGCUGUCACUAGUGCUCGAAGUAACGAGCAAUGGUGUUCAAAUCUUAAGUUAAAUAAGCACAUUCUUUGAAAUGGUAGAUUGCUGCGGUUGCUGUUUAUGGUGACAUAUUCCAGGCAAUUGAGACGUUGCUGUAUUGUUUUGUUAAACUUUGACCCUACCACCCUCAGUAUUAGAGUAGAAGAAUGGGAUUUGCAUAUUGCGUUUACCAGCCAAAUGUGGUAAGUUGCAAUGGAGCUGUGACUUAUAGAAUACUAGAACGGCCAAACGCAUCCCGGAGCGGUUUUGAUUACAAACCUCUUAGGAACUUGAAAUUUAUGUACAACAGUCAAGGAAGAAAGAUAUUUAAGGGAUUCAUUGGUACUAGGGAUCUAAAUUCUAGGCUAUUAUUCAAUUGCCACUUGCGGAAUUCUUGUUCAUUUGGAAACUGUAUUUCUUUUAAGUCCUACGGGGGACAAGCCUUGUCCCAUUGUCAAGGAAAUGAUUCAAUAGCUUAUAUUGAUUGUAGCGGCAGAGAUGCAGAGUCCAAUGAGGGUGGAAAUGACCAGAGUUCCAGAAGUGAGUCCAAUGCCAUGGUGGAAAUUAGCAGUUCGAAGGAUGAGAUUGUUGAGAAUGAUGAAGAAAUGGAACCUAGUUUGGACGAUUUAAGGGAAAUGUUGCAGAAGGCACGUACAGAUUUGGAGGUUGCACGUAUUAACAGCACCAUGUUUGAGGAGAAAGCACAGAGGAUAUCAGAAGAGGCAAUAGCAUUGAAGGAUGAAGCAGCAAAUGCCUGGAAUGAAGUUAACAAGGCUCACAGCAAUAUCCAAGAGACACUGAAUGAGGAAGCUGUGGCUAAAGAAGCCAUACAAAAAGCAACCAUGUCACUUUCUUUGGCGGAGGCAAGGCUCCAGGUGGUAAUGGAUUCACCAGAAGUUGCAAAAAGGAACGGGUCCCUAGAAGAUUCUAGAGAAAACAAAGAAGAAGUCACAUCUACACUAAAAGAGGGGGAGGAGAAGGUGGAUGAAGCACUUUUGGCUGCUCUAGAAGAAGUGAGGAAAUGCCGAGAUUAUUUAGCCAGUUGUGAAGCUGAACUGAGGCAAUUAGAGAACCGCAAGGAAGGGAUGCAAAAGGAAAUUCAACAGCUGAAUGAGGCAGCUGAGAAGGCACAAAUGAAUGCUCUCAAAGCUGAAGAAGAUGUGGCGAAUAUAAUGGUUUUAGCGGAAAAAGCUGUAGCGUUUGAGCUUGAUGCUACUCAGCGUGUGGAUGACCUGGAGAUUGCCAUACAGAAAGCAGAAAAAAAUCUAACAGUCUCUUCUUUGGAUUCCUCAGAGACUCCAAAUGGAUCUUUACAAGUGCAGACAUUGACAGAGGGGGUAGUUCUUGAGGAUGAGGUGAAGCCAUGGAAUCCGGUCAAAGGUAUUGAAAAGCAUGGAGAGGUUUCAGUUGAUGCCGAUCUUGUAUCUGCUGAGCUUGUAGCAGACAUCCCAUCGGACGAAUCCCACUUAUCUGAAAGUGACCAAGGGAAGGGAUCCAUCCCCGAAUCUUUGAAAGAUGGUGAACUUGAUUCAGAAAAAUCAACUAGCGUGCAAAAUAAAACACAGGAAGUGUUACCCAAGGAGUUACCCAGGGACAGCUCACCAUUAAAUGCUCCAAAAGCCUUAUUGAAAAAGUCAUCCCGUUUCUUCUCUGCAUCCUUCUUCUCCUUUCCUGCAGAUGGUUUGGAAUUGACACAUGCUUCUUUUUUUCACGGUCUAAUGGAGUCGGCAAAGAAACACUUCCCCAAAGUGGUUGUUGGCUCAUUGCUAUUUGGAGCAGGGUUUGCCUUAUACUUCAAUCGCUCAGACCGGGUGCGUAAUUUAUUCCAACCGCAAGAGACCAAUGCCUCUAGUAUUCACGAGGUUUCAGCUAACACAAAGCCUCUAGUCCAGAAAAUAAGAAAACUGCCUAAGAAAAUCAAGAAACUAUUGGAAAAGAUUCCUCAUGAAGAGAUAAAUGAGGAAGAAGCGUCCCUUCGUGACAUCUUGUGGCUACUGCUUGCCAGUGUUAUUUUUGUGCCCGCAUUCCAGAAAAUUCCCGGAGGUAGCCCUGUUCUUGGAUUCUUGGCUGGUGGUAUCUUGAUUGGACCUUAUGGUCUAUCUAUUAUUCAUAAUGUACACGGGACUAAGGCAAUUGCUGAAUUCGGUGUUGUCUUCUUGCUAUUUAACAUUGGUCUUGAGCUUUCAGUUGAGCGGCUAAGUUCAAUGAAGAAAUAUGUUUUUGGUUUGGGCACUGCACAGGUAUUAGUGACAGCUGCAGUGGCAGGCAUGGUUGCUCAUCUUUUCGCGGCACAACACGGCCCUGCUGCAAUUGUCAUUGGCAAUGGUCUUGCGUUGUCAUCCACUGCUGUUGUCCUUCAGGUAUUGCAGGAACGUGGUGAGAGCACUUCACGGCAUGGACGAGCCACAUUUUCUGUAUUACUCUUUCAGGAUUUAGCAGUGGUUGUUUUGCUUAUACUCAUACCUCUCAUUUCACCCAAUUCUUCCAAAGGAGGGGUUGGUUUUCGGGCCAUAGCUGAAGCCCUUGGAUUGGCUGCUGUUAAGGCAAUCAUUGCUAUUGCUGCCAUUAUUGCCGGAGGACGUCUUCUUCUUCGGCCAACUUAUAAGCAAAUUGCAGAGAAUCAGAAUGCAGAAAUAUUUUCAGCUAAUACACUUCUUGUGAUUCUUGGUACUAGUCUCUUAACCGCCAGGGCAGGCCUUUCAAUGGCCCUAGGAGCAUUUUUGGCUGGUUUGCUUCUUGCAGAAACUGAAUUUGCGCUGCAGGUUGAGUCAGAUAUUGCCCCAUACCGUGGCCUCCUAUUGGGUCUCUUUUUCAUGACGGUUGGAAUGUCUAUUGAUCCCAAGCUUCUUUUCUCGAACUUUCCAGUUGUUAUGGGGGCAUUAGGACUUCUAAUUGUUGGAAAAACAAUUUUGGUUGCUUUAGUUGGUCGACUUUUUGGCAUUUCAAUUGUAUCUGCUAUAAGAGUUGGUCUGCUGCUUGCUCCAGGUGGAGAAUUUGCAUUUGUUGCGUUCGGUGAGGCCGUCAAUCAGGGUAUACUUUCUCCUCAGCUAUCAUCUUUGUUAUUUCUUGUGGUGGGAAUUUCAAUGGCUAUCACACCAUGGUUGGCUGCUGGAGGCCAAUUAAUAGCUUCUCGUUUUGAGCUUCAAGAUGUUCGGAGUUUGUUACCAGUGGAAAGCGAGACUGAUGAUUUGCAAGAUCAUAUUAUUAUUUGUGGGUUUGGGCGUGCUGGCCAGAUCAUUGCUCAGCUUCUUUCUGAACGACUGAUUCCUUUUGUUGCACUUGAUGUGAGAAGUGAUCGCGUCGCAGUUGGGCGUGCACUUGAUCUUCCUGUAUUCUUCGGCGAUGCCGGAAGCCGAGAGGUUCUCCAUAAAGUAGGUGCUGAUAGAGCUUGUGCUGCGGCAAUAACAUUGGAUACCCCUGGUGCAAAUUACAGAGCUGUGUGGGCCCUCAACAAGUAUUUUCCUAACGUUAAAACGUUUGUACGUGCACAUGAUGUUGAUCAUGGCAUAAACUUGGAAAAGGCUGGAGCAACAGCGGUUGUACCAGAGACCUUGGAACCAAGUUUGCAGUUAGCGGCGGCUGUCCUUGUAGAAGCUAAACUGCCAAUGUCAGAGAUAGCAGCUACGAUCAAUGAGUUUAGGUCUCGCCACCUAGCUGAGCUAACUGAGCUGUGUCAAACAAGCGGUGGCUCACUCGGGUAUGGAUAUUCCCGAGUUGUUAAUAAACCCAAAUCCCAGCCACAGUUAGACUCAUCUUCAGAUGAGAGUGAAGGAGCUCUAGCCACAUAACGCUGAAUGGCCUUUUGGAAACUGAAUGGCCUUUUUUGUAUUUUUUAUCCCAUUGCUGUAAUUGUGUAUAGGAAAGUAGCAGCAAACUUUGGGAGAAGAAACCCACCCCCCUUCUUGAGCCUAUUUUAGUUUACAGGUGGGCCCUUCCAAAUUCAUGGUCCUGUUUUUAAGGGAUUUAUUUUUCAGCUCACUGUUUUUCUUAUCUUUUUAAUAAAAUAAAAAGGGUUCAAGAUUGCUUUGAACCAUGUCCAGCCAUGUUUCCUGCUUUAUUUUGAAUUUUUAGUCACCACAAAUGAUUUCUUAUGUAAACAAAAAGAAAUACUCACGCAUACAAUAAUAAUUGAUACUAACAUUUUAUCAAUCUUUUCA